AUGCACUUUUUUCAAAAUGAUUUUUAUUUUGUUCUUCCAGAACUUUUUCUUUUCGGCGCUUCAUUAAGUUUGCUCAUGUUUGGAGUUAUCUAUUCAACAUCGGUAAGUCAUGGAAAGCCUGGAUUAAUGAAAGUGAUGAGUUGGGCAAGUAUCGUCUGUCUAGCGAUGACUCUGGGUCUUGUGUUGAAUACGCCUGUGCACUCAACAGUGGUCUUCUCUCAAAGUUUACUUUUAGAUGAUCUUAGUACUUUUUUUAAAUUUUUAAUUUUGGGUGGAAGUAUCUUGUCCAUUUUGAUGUCUGUACAAUAUUUUGAGACGGAGAAUAUGAGAAAUUUCGAGUAUUUAGUGUUGGUGUGCCUAUCCACUUUAAGUAUGCUUCUUUUAGUUGCGUCCUAUGACUUAAUUUCAAUGUAUUUAGCGCUUGAGAUGCAAAGUCUUUGUUUCUACGUCUUGGCUGCCUCACAAAGAGACUCAGAAUUUUCAACAGAAGCCGGAUUAAAAUAUUUUCUUUUAGGGGCUUUUUCUUCUGGUGUUUUUCUCCUCGGAUGCUCUUUUUUAUAUGGGCUCACUGGACUUACAAAUUUUGAGGCCUAUGCACUUUUUUUCGCCCAACAAUCAAAUAUUUACCAGACAAGUGACUGGAUCUUUGUCCAAAUUGCUUUUUUGUUUAUUUUAUUAGGGUUUCUUUUCAAACUAAGUGCUGCCCCGUUCCAUUUUUGGGCACCCGAUGUGUAUGAAGGUGCACCCACCUCAGUGACAGCAUUCUUCUCUAUUGUACCAAAAGUGUCAAUCUUUGGUGUGUUCAUUAAAUUGUUCUUCUGUAGCUUUUACGAACUCGCUCUUCUAUGGCAACCAGUUAUCAUUGCAAGUGGUAUGCUCUCGUUACUUGUCGGUGCCUUUGGUGCCUUUGCACAGAAGAAAAUCAAGCGACUCCUCGUGUAUAGUUCAAUUGGGCAUUUAGGAUAUAUGUUAUUAGCCUUAAGUUGCUUGACAAUUGAAGGAUUGCAAUCUAUGCUUGCAUAUUUGAUUUUUUAUAUUGUCAUGACAGUGCACGUAUUUGCGUGUGUUCUGGCAUUGAAAGACCUGAAAACUGGACAGCGUAUUCGUUAUGUAGAGGAUUUAAAGUAUUUAGCACAAAGCCAACCUCUGGUUGCAUGUGCAUUUGUUCUUAAUUUUUUCUCUAUGGCUGGAAUUCCUCCUUUAGCGGGGUUUUGUGCAAAAUUUUAUGUGUUUUUUGCAGCGUUGGGGGCUUCUUUAUACUUCUUUGUUGCAGUUGCUCUUUUCAGUAGUAUUGUCAGCUGUUUUUAUUAUUUGAGAUUUAUCAAAUUUAUGUACUUUCAUAAAGAGACUUCUGUGUCGGUGGAGUACGUCCAAAUGGACCAACAAAAAGCGUGGAUGAUUUCGAUUACAUCGUAUCUUUUAGUGUAUUUAUUCUUUUGUCCGACAAAUGUUUUUUUAUGGUCCGAAAAAGUCGCAUUACUUUUUCUCAAUUAA